AUGAGUACAAGUGGACCUUGUCUGUUGAUAAUCAUCGUUCUAGCUGCUCUAUUCGUCAUAAUAUCAAUUACUUUAAAUGCUGCUACUUUAGGCAUAGUCAUCAAUAGAUUUGAUCAAUUAAAGAAAACCAAUGAUAAUCAAGAGCCAACAACAAUGAGUACAACAACUAAUCGAAUUCUAUUGAAUUCGAGCCUAGUUGAGGCGAUUCGUAUUACCGAUGUAAUGGAACAUCUGAGUCAAUUCUAUCGUAUAGCUUUGACUGAAAAUGGUACUCGAGCGAUAAAUACGAAAGGUUUCAAUCGCACUAUUGAUUACAUAGCAGAUUAUCUUUCUAUCAAUACUAAUUAUUACAUAAACAAAACUUAUUUUCCUAUUCGAACUUUUCAACUUGCUAGCAAUCCUAUAUUACUUACUUCGAUUAACGGUGUAAUCAUUAAUCGUACAUAUUCGACUGAUCUUACUAAAGCAGAAUUUUUUCAUAUACAGUAUUCUACAGCUAUCAAUCUAACCGAUUUUACUACUCUUACUGUUAUUCCGAAUGGUGGCUGUUUAGAUGAAGAUUGGCUCAGUGCAAAUCCAUCGCCGAUGGGUCGAAUAGUACUUGUCAAACGAGGUUUGUGUGAUUUUCUUCCAAAGGCUGCUUUUGCUACUAAGUAUCAAGCAAAAACUCUUCUAUUCUACAAUGAUGGCACAUCAUCUGAUCGUAAUAAUCCGAUAUUCAUUAGUCUGGAUCGAAGCAAUGAAUUGCCAGCACUUUUCCUAUCGUUCGAUCUUGGUCAAGAGCUCGCUAAUGCGUUUCUGAAUUCGACAAACAAUGUAAGUGUUUGUCUAAUCAUCGAUUUAGUCAAUAUACCACAAUUUCCAGUUGCAAAUAUAUGUGCUGAUACUCCAACAGGAGACAUUACUCAAACCAUUCUAGUUGGUAGUCAUAGUGAUAGUGUACCAGAUGGACCCGGCAUUAAUGAUAAUGGUAGUGGGAGUGCAGCUAAUCUUGCAUUAGCUGUAGCUCUUUUUCAAACAUCGAUCUAUACGACAUUAAAAUAUCGUAUACGAUUUUGCUGGUGGGGUGCAGAAGAAAUAGGUCUUAUUGGUUCAGAUUUUUAUGUGAAACAAGCUAAACUUUCAACGAUCAUCGGCGAACGACUCAGUGAUAAUUUAGUAAAUCUUAAUUUCGAUAUGCUGGGUUCACCGAAUUAUGUAUUCGGAAUUUAUAAUGGUGAAACUAUAACAAAUGCGACACCUGAAAUUGCUGUUCCUGGUAGUAUUAAAGUUACUUCAUUAUUUCGCGAUUGGUUUAAUAGUCAAAAAUUACCUUGGAAUAAUAGUACUCUAGGUAGUGGUAGUGAUUAUGCUCCGUUUUUAGCAGCUGGCGUUGCUGCAGGAGGACUUCUUUCAGGUGCAAGUGGAAUAAAAACAAAAGAACAGUGCGAUCGUUAUGCAUUACUUCUUGGUCCCGAUCCGUAUUGCACACCGAAUAUUGCACAAGAUCCAUGUUAUCAUAGAUCAUGUGAUACUAUAUGGAAUAUCAAUGUGUUUGCUUAUGAGAAAAUGGUAAAAGCAGCAGGUUAUGUUAUCGAAUCUUUAGCUCGUACGGAUAAUUUAAAAGAAUGGCUUUAUCCAACGCAAGAAAUUCAAAAUUUGAAAUCUUCCCGUAAGAACAAACGAGAAUACAAUUCAAUUAGUGAAUACUUCGGAUUGGCUACCGUCUGA